UUUUUUUUUUUCUUGUUGUAUUUAUGUCUUUACAAGGUCAUCAUUGCUCAUGCUAAACAACUUUCCACCAGUGAAACGACAAAAAAAUGAUACUGAUAUAAUUAGAAAAUGUUUAUACUGUAUGGAUCAGCGAAAGACUGAUGGAUCCUGUAGUCAUUGUAGAACACAUGGUGGAUUGGCAACAGAAUAUCAACAACUUCGAACAGCAUCUGAAGAUCCAACUAUAGAUAUGGAGGAUAUUGAACGACGAUUAAGGAAACUGGAGGCGCGCUUGACUUCACAAUUACACGCAGAUACCUCAUCAUUAUCUAAACAGGCUAAUCCAUCAUUUUUACCUACAGAAAUACCUUCCUUGGAUAUCAUCAAUUCACAAUCAUUAGACAGUACAUCGAAAGAAUCAAAAAUAACACUUGGUGCCACUGGUAUCAACAUCGUUACUAAUGUUAGGGAACCUCAUCAUUUCGUCAAACUUUUGGCUCGUGGGAUCAAUCCAACGUUUGUGCAACAAAAAGCAAUUGAAGUAUAUUCGCGGCCUAUAGAUAUCUUGGAUUCAGCAUAUGACAACAGCAACAAAUACCAAAGCAUCAGUCAUCUUGAUAUCGACAAUGAAGAAUUAGAAGAACGUAUGUGGUUUGAUAUGAUGUUAACAACAAGAUAUUCAAGGUGCUUUUUGAUCUAUCAAAUGGUGGAAAAAGAUCGAUUAGUGGAAUGGGUGUCACCUAGUUUUAUCGAUGGUCUGAAAGGUCAAGUCAAAUUGGAACAUUCUCUUUUGGCGAAAUCCGUCCGUGCUUUUGUUUAUAACCAUGAAUUGGCUUCUGAUUCUCAUCGACAUGGUGGUGCUACUGAUAGUAUUCGACAACGAAAUAUCAAUCCAAAUCGUGGUGCUUUUUAUUUUCAGCAAGCAGAAGAACUUUUGGAAUUGUGUUAUAUGACAAGUAGCCGGAAUACCAUUCGAGCUCUUCUACAUAUGUAUAUGUAUCAAGUGAUGAUUCCAGGUGGCCACCUCAAGGCAAUACAAUAUAGCGAUUUGGCGCUUCGAAUGGCUCAGGGACUGAAACUGAACAAGGAAAAAGGAAUGCUUGUGAAUGAACAAUUACGGGAAGAUGAUCGACGCUUAUGGUGGUCAACUGUUUGGGUUCAUGUAUGGUGUUCUCUUGCUUUUGAUCGUCCUAUCUUGGUGGAAGAAUCUGAUCUCUUGGUACCGAACGCCCGUCCUCCUAGCAAACGACAAGAUGAAUCAAAUCAAGUGGGAUAUUGUAUCGAUUAUUGUGUACAAAGUGUCAAACUUAUGUUUCUCUCGUUAUCCAUCAGCAAACGUCUAAAAAGGAGAACAACAGAAGCCAAAUUAUUAUGGGAAUUGAAAGAUAUUGAAUAUCAAUUGGAUUUAUGGCUAUUGGGAUUACCUGAAGUGUUACAACCGCGAUACUGGAAUAGCGAAAAUAAUCAACAACAACUUAUGGAUGAUGUGCACCAUGAUCAUCAGGAUGCUAGAUCAAUACAAGCUUUUGGUAUGGAACUUGGCUUACUACUGCAAGGACAAUGGACAAUGACGAGAACUCAUGUAUACGAAUGCUUUUUUACAAAUGACGGCUCUAUUUUGGAUUUGUUGGUGACACGUAAUCGACUUCAAGCUGCAGUGAACUAUACCAAUUAUGUUAUUCAGUUAGCGCAACGGAUUCAACCUUGUCUUCUAAUGUAUUUGUUAACGGCAAGUGCAGCUAGUUUAACAACACUCUUUACGUUGACCGAUUAUCGCCAUAAUACCGAUAUUGCCAAUCAAGCUGUACGACAAUUGUACUUACUGAAGACUCUGUUUCAGCAUUCUCCAUUUACUGAUAAUAUCGUCGUUCAACAAUGGAUUCAUGAUAUUGAUCAAAUCUCACCACAGCAGCGUUUGACUAAUAGCAACAACAACAACAACUCGACAGUAGCACAUGUUGAUUGGUCUCAUUCGAUUUCGCCGUCAAGUGAUCCCACAACAACAUCAUUCCCAAUGGUCAUUAUCCAUGGCCAGUGACACGAACAAACCUGACAAUCUUCAAUCAUCUAAUUUUACAACAGCAACAACGACAACAACAUCAAUAUCAUUGGGACCAACUGGAAAUAUCGUCGACCAAAAUCUGCAACAACAACAACAACAACACCAGCAACAACAACACCAGCAACAACAACACCAGCAACAACAACACCAGCAACAGCA